AUGUGUUCAAGAAAGGAGACGCUGGAGACGCUAAUAACGAAACUCUUACCAUCUGGAUACACACAUCUGCUGUGUGUGAAGGAGGAUGAGUUUCGAGCCCAUUUAAAAGUGCAGCUCUCCACUAAAGAGGAGGUGGAGAAAUGGCUUGAGGAAUUUCAAAAUUCCUCCACUUUAACAUGGAGGAAUGCCAGAACGUAUCCGGCAUCAGGGCGAUACAAUGUGUAUAGAGUUGAUCUCAGAUGCCAGCAUAAAACCUACGCAUCUGGCAAAUACUCAAGAAACACCAACUGCCCUGCCACACUGUUUCUUGUCUUCAAAAGAAGUAUGGAGAAUAGGAGGUCAAGAUCGUCAGAUCGACACAUGGCAGAGGGUUACCUCCUAUAUGUCAACUUGAGGAAUGAGCACAACCAUCGCCUUGCUUGCGCCAAUGCCCUGAGGAAAAGGGAUGUGUCGGCCGUCACCAUUGAAAGGCUGACUGAGCUCUUUGAGAAAGGUCAUUCUCCCUCAUCUGCUCUCGAUACCAUCAAAUAUGACCUGCAGGAGGAAGAGGGAGAAGAGUACCUCUAUGCAGCAGCAGACUGCGCCAUCUGCCCAGACGUCCAGUUCUGCUACAGGUUAUACUACAAAAUAUUCCAGAAAUCAUAUGGUGCCCCUUCUGGAGAAAAGAUGGUCAUAGACCUCGAAGAACGCCUUGCCAGGUAUAACGAAGAACAGGGCUGUGUCUGUGCUCAGAUAGAACAAACCAUCGAUGGCCAGCAGAUUGUGGCGAUUUGCACACCUGUAAUGCAGCGGGUCCACACAAGAGUACAACAGAGUGGAGAGAUUAUCUUUGUGGAUUCCUCGGGGUAUUGUGACAGGCAAAACCACUGCCUUUUUCUCUUUCUAACCCACUCUGCUGCAGGGGGGCUGCCUCUUGGUGUGCUGAUCACCACAUCAGAGAGUGCAGCCACUCUAACAGCUGGGAUCUCCCUGCUUAAACGGCUUCUCCCACCUGGUGCUUUCUUUGGGCGCGAAGACCAUGGUCCACAGGCAGUCAUGACAGAUGACUGUUCAGCUCUGCGACAGGCACUUGCCACUGUCUACCCUGGAGCAAGCAUACUUUUGUGCACCUUUCAUCUGCUCCAGGCGAUGUGGAGAUGGCUGUGGAAUGGCAUAAAAAAAGAAGAACGCCCACAGCUGCUAAAUGGAUUCAGAGGUCUUGUGUAUGCCAGAACAGCGGAAGACCUGUCUGCAGCCUAUGCCACGCUGUCUGCAGAUCCCCUGGCAUCAAAACACAAGAACUUUAUGAAACACUUGCUGGAGGUGUAUGGGAGGCGGCAGGAGUGGGCACUGUGCUUGCGGGUCCAUUUGCUAACCCGUGGCAACAACACCAACAACUAUGUUGAAAGUGCAAUGAAGAUUGUCAAAGACAAGGUCCUUCACAGGUUGAAGGCAUACAACCUGACCCAGCUCGUGGACUUUAUAGCCACUCGGUUUGAGGCAUACUACAUCCGCCAUCUCACUGAUUUCGCCAACAACCGGGUGAAAAACCUUACAGCCCCCAAGUGUGGUGAUGUGGACUGCCAGAAAAUUGUCCGGGAGGAUGAAGUCAAUUUUACGGUGCCCAGCGCAUCAACUGGUGGUUGGUACCACGUCAAUACAGGACUGAGCUGCUGCACCUGCCCUGUUGGCCAAACUGGCGCACCUUGCAAGCACCAGAGUGCAGUGGUACAAACAUUUGGUGAGGGACCACUCCAGAUGACUGGUUUGAAAGCUUGAUUUAUGAACAGCCUGUGGAGCCAAAGUCAGUGUUGCAAGAGUGCAUGGAUGGAGAAUCUCUUGCUCCAGCAUCGAAGAUCAUCUCAGAUGACCACCGGUCCAGUGAAGAGGAGGCUGUCGACACAUCAGCUGGGCCCAGCACAGGGACUUUGGAGAGGGAGCUGGAUGGCAUUUUGGGGAUCCUCAAAAAAAAACUAGUAGAGGACACAACAUUCAAGGCACCUCUUCAGUCAUUUGUGGACAAUUUAAAAAAAAAAUGAAAACGGACAGUGCUGUCCAGUCAUCUUUGUUCUCCUAUGGAAAGACCAGCUGUGUGCCUACUAGGAUCCGUGCCACACCAAGGGGAUUUCUGCAAACGACCACUAAGAUUGGUGUGCAACCAAUGGCGGUGUCACGCCGAAAGGCAGCUUUGGGGGGAAGAAGAGCUAUGGGAGCUGGCAGACCUCCAAAGAGCUCCUGGAAAGACCACCCUUACACAAAGUGCAGAAGAGCAAAAGUUGUGCCACACAGCCUGUCUCAUUGUGUGCAGGAGAACACCUCCCUGGGGAAAACCCACUAGGUGCACACACACACCCUACCUAAAGUCCAUAACAGUUCUCUUAAUCAGUUAUUGAUAAAUUCCAGCUCAAUCUGUUUGUUUUGUUUCAGCUCAAUCAGUUCAUGGUUCUAUUGUUAUUUUUUACAAAACCUGAACUAAUACAAAUACUUGUAGGCUAUGUGAUUUUUUUUUUUUUUUUUUUUUUUUUGGUUUGUAUUUAGUAUUUGUAUUUACAUUUGAUGUGAGUUCAGCUACAACUGUGUAGUACAGGGUCAUCAUACAGGGGGCUGGGUUUGUGCUCUACCUGUGUAAUGUUACUUGCUGUAAAUGAAAUGCUAAAUAUUAGUGUUGAAGUAGUUGAUGAAAGCCUUUCCACUCUCCACUGCAUAACAACUGACUACCAAAAAUUUAACUGUGGUCAAUCAACACUAAUGAAAAGCAUAUGUGUCAAAGAUGACAUUUUGACUCGUGUUUUUGUUUAAUUAAUGUAUGCAUGUAUUCAACAUAACUUAACCUAAUAUGUACAACAAUACAGGCUAUGUAUAGGCCUACUGUAUGAAUUGUUUUCAAUAUGGUAAUUCUGAGUGGUUAUUAGGCUACUGAUCUGAGUCAAAAUUUUAUAAUGAUGAAAUGAGUGAUAAGCCUGCCUUUAGUGUGUGUUUAAUAAAGAUUAAAUUGAA